ACUCUGAUUGGCUGGUAGUUUGUUGAGGUAAAAAGCUGAGCUCACCUGGAUCCAGAACUUUCCAUCGAUCCGAGGAGGAGAGCAGGAAGAGUGAGUCCUUCCUUCCCGGCAAUCCACCACAAUUAGAACUUCCAUCUUCAGGUUUUUGGUGGUACACCCAACCGACCUUUCCACUUGGUCCAACGACCUCUGACCUCACCAAUCCAAAGAUGUCAAAACUGGUAACCGGCAUGAAGGAAGUUCUUGGAGUCUUCGAGGAGUACGCAUCUAAGGGCAGUAACCCGAACGCACUGAGCAAGAAGGACAUGAAGGAACUUAUGCAGAAGGAGCUUGGAGAGUUUGUUAAGGAGCAGAAAUAUGCCACCUCCAUGAACAAGAUCCUGAAGGAGCUGGAUGAGAACGGAAAUGGGGAGGUGAACUUUCAGGAGUUUAUCAUCUUGCUGGCCUCUGUGCUUGUGUCCAGAAACACCGUCUUAUGGAAGAGCAGCUGAGCCACUCCGACCGUCCAUUCCACCGGCAUGGGGGAGACCCUUCUACAAAGACUGGCGUUUCAAUAAACUAAACUAAACUUUAUCCUUUAA